CAUCGACGUUCAGUGGUGUUUAACACAGACCAGUUUAUAACAGUGUUCAGCCUUUACUGGCUUUUGUUCUCCAGUCCAAUGGCCUGUCAGACACUCACAUCAGCUAUCGACAAGCUGGUUCAGCGCCAGGGUUUAGAAAGUUACCCAUGUGGCACAGGAAGCCGGCACAGGUCAAGCUGGAGAGCACACGAACACCUCCAUGAUGACGGCAGUACAGGAGCACACACUGAGGACUUUGACGAUCUCAUGGAAAGUCGACCAUCAGCGUGGUACGAGGAAACAUCCUGGAGUCCUGAGGCUUCGCAACUGAAAAAGCUGGCUGUAAAGGAGUCGGCUAAUUUAAAACACAGCUUUAAAUAUUCAGCCUUCAAAACUCUACGGAUUGUGGACAAAGGAGUCUCAGUCGUUGAUGAAGGAUUGCUUAAAUUUAACUGUCUGGAAGAGUUGGUGCUGAGCGCUAACAAUAUCACAGACGUUCCUUCAGAAAAUCUUCCCAAGACGCUGCGGGUGUUGGAGCUUUUUUCCAACAAGAUUUCAAGCCUGAAGAAUCUAACCACCCACCCUCCUCCUCAUCUGCACCAUUUAGGCCUGGGAAACAACUGCCUUGGUCAACCAGAGGACCUGCAGUACUUGACCGCCCAUCACUGGCCUCAGCUGAUGUCUCUAGAUCUGAGCUGGUGUGGUUUUAAGGAGCAGUAUGCUCUGGUGGACGCUCUCUCUAGGCUGCCUCGUCUGCGGAGUUUGGUUCUGCAGGGAAACCCUUUGACACUGACCACCCUGUACCCUGGUUUUACAGUGGACAGCUUGGAAAGGUUGCUCUACCUAGAUGAAGCCAGAGUUACAUCAGAUGACCGCUGUCGCUUCAGUGGCCUUGCUAACCUUAAAGCUUCGAUACGUGAGGAAGCAGAAAUCACCGUGGCCGUUGAGAAGAUGACGGGGGUUCCUGACCCUGCUUCGCUGAUGGACGACGACGCUCCCGAGUUCCCUCUGAUCAGCCACGGCUAUUCAGUCUGCUACGAGUUUCUGAGUCAAGCUCCGUCCCUGGAAAACCAGAUUGAUGCAGAGACCCAAACUUUAGCAAACGUCCCUCAGAAUCCAGAGGAACAUGAGGAAGUGACAUCGGCCCCAUGCUCCUCAGCAGAUCUACUGGAAACAUGCUACAAAAACCAGAAUCAAGACUUUAAUGCUCCUGUAGAGAAGAUCAACACCUUAAAACAUGAGUGGGCCGAAGUGAUCGAGUUCAACUACAAGAAAACACAUCGCAUUAACAACCUGGACGCUCUCAAGAGCUUCCUCCUGAAGGGCCUCUGGCUAACUGUGGAAGAGGAGAAAGUUCUUUCUUGGCCUGCACAGUCUGCGGAAGGAACUGAAACCAAAGCGUCAGCACAGAAGAAAGGAAAAGAGCAAAGUGGUAAACCAAAAGAUAAGAUGAACAAGCAGUCUGUCCUCGACCUGAUCCAUGACCCGCCUGUCAAGCGAAUUCUCGGCUCGGUGCACGUUGAGCUCAAGAGUUUGUUGGAGGUAAAAGAUCAAAUUCAAGUGCGGUGUGAUUUGGGGACGAUGCACCUGGAACAAACCAUCGGGAAGCCGUUCAUCCAGGACAAGGGGCAAAACAAGAAGCUCAAAGAUGAUAGAAAGGAGGAGAAGAAAGGAAAGCCGGGUGGAGAUACAGCGGCUGGACAAACGAAUGCGACCUCAUCAAAAGGAAGAGAUAAAGGACGAAACGAGGAGGGGACCGGGGCCCUUGCCGAUGAAAGCGUUCCUUCCAAGAUGGAGCCUCUAACUGUGGAGUUCAGUGUUCGGCUGGGUAAACGGACGUCUGAUUCCCAAGCAUCCGAGUGUAUGGGUUCUUCAAAAUAAACACAGUCUGCACCGCC